UUUUUCAUCUCUGGUGUUAAAACUCAUCCCUUACAGUCUCUCCUCCGAACCAUAUCAACCUCAUUAUUAUAAUCAAUGGCGGUGAAACCAACCAAAGCCGAGAAGAAAAUCGCUUACGAUUCUAAGCUCUGCCAACUUCUCGAUGACUACUCUCAAAUUCUUGUUGUCCACGCUGAUAACGUUGGAUCCAAUCAGCUACAGAGCAUUCGUAGCGGUCUACGUGGUGACUCGGUUGUUCUCAUGGGAAAGAACACUAUGAUGAAGCGUUCUAUUCGUAUUCACGCUGAGCAAACCGGCAACAAGACCUUUCUCAACCUUAUUCCCCUUCUUGUCGGAAAUGUAGGUUUGAUUUUCACCAAAGGUGACUUGAAGGAAGUUAGCGAAGAGGUUGCUAAGUACAAGGUGGGCGCUCCUGCUCGUGUUGGUUUGGUUGCUCCAAUUGAUGUCGUUGUUCCUCCAGGCAACACAGGUCUCGACCCCUCUCAGACCUCUUUCUUCCAGGUCCUCAACAUUCCUACCAAGAUUAACAAGGGUACUGUCGAAAUCAUUACCCCUGUGGAACUCAUUAAGAAAGGAGACAAGGUUGGAUCUUCUGAAGCUGCAUUGCUUGCCAAGUUGGGCAUAAGGCCCUUUUCCUAUGGGCUUGUGGUCCUUUCUGUUUAUGACAAUGGUUCAGUGUUUAGCCCUGAGGUUCUUGACCUCACUGAGGAUGCCCUCAUUGAGAAAUUUGCUAUUGGGGUCUCUAUGGUUACCUCACUCUCAUUGGCCAUCUCAUACCCAACACUUGCUGCUGCUCCUCACAUGCUUGUCAAUGCCUACAAGAACGUUCUUGCUGUAGCAGUUGCUACAGAAUACUCUUCCCCUGAGGCAGACAAGGUUAAGGAGUACUUGAAGGACCCAAGUAAAUUUGCUGUAGCUGCAGUUGCUGCACCAGCUGCUGCUGCUUCCGGUGCUGCCCCUGCUGCUGCCUCCAAGGAGGAGGCAAAGAAGGAAGAGCCAGCUGAAGAAUCCGAUGACGACAUGGGUUUCAGUCUGUUUGAUUAAAUCCUUUAAUUUUGCUAUUAGUUUAGUGAAAUUUUUAAUUUUUAGAUUUGAUGAAAUUAUCCUUGGUUCAUUCUAGGUUGGUUUUCCUUUUUAAUAUUAUAUAUAUUUAUUAUUGGCAUAAUAACUUCCAUGUGAUUUUCAUGGUUUUAAAUUGCAUUUGCAAAGCAAAUAGCUUUGCUGUAUUGAAAUAAAUCUCCCAUUUUAAGAAAAA